GCCAGGGACGUCCCAAGAUGGCCCCAAGAAGGCUCCAGAACGGUCCGUAGCCAGAAUGGUUCAAGCCAUUUUGGCUCAAGCAGCGCCUGCGUCCUUGCUUCGUGGCCGCCACCGGGCCCAACGGCGGUGAGCACUGGUGCGCGCCCAUCGACCAUGGAGGCCGCAACCCAACAUUCCUCGGAAGGGAGAGCCCAGCGGAACGUGUUUGCGUUUAUGUGCGCCACUUGGUUCGUGCUGGGCGGCUGCGUUCUGCUUGUUUGCGUGGCCAGGCAGGAAAGGCACAAGUCGCGACGAUUGUCGGUGGGUUCGUACUUCGGCCAGCUGUUGGGACGGUGCAGAAGUUAGGUGCUUAGCCUGGCUGGCACAGUGGACGGCCUCUCCGCGAAGCAGCUGGCCCAGGAGUUGCAAAAGUGGCGGCUGGUUUGCGCGCGUGCCGCGAUCCCAUAUGGCUGCGUGGCCGUUGCAAGCGUUCUUGGAUGCGACCUGUACUCGGCCGCCAAGGGUGUCUCGCGCCCGACUUUUCUUUUUCUUUGGGCGUUUCCUUCAAGCCUAACGUCAAGGCUAGUGGAUGUGUGGUCUUCCUUUAUGCUGGCAUGUAUUGUCCUGUAGGUAUCACCUUUGGCCUCAUCAGGGUUGUUCGCAGCCUCCUCCAUCAUCUUGCCCACUUUUGGUACGCUGUUGGUGUUCUUGUUCAACAUGAACUUCCGCGUCAACUUCACAUGGCUAUGGAUCGUAUCCUUGGCAAUCUGCAGCAACAUAUCUUUCGGCGCCAGCAGCCCUCUUGAAGACUGUCUGCCGACGCCGUUUUUUUACCGGUUCAGUCGCCGUUUUUUGACCGGCUCCGGCUCCGGUUCCAAUCUUGGAGCUGUUUUUUUGCUGUUUCUGGUCGCCUUUUUUUUUGUUGCCAUUUCCAUUUUCAAGAGACAUUUUUUUGGAAACGGUGAAAAAACGGCCCUGCCGUUUCCGGGGUCCACAAAGUCCCAGCAGGACCGCGAGAAGUUCUCGGAGCAGAUGGACAAGGUCUGGCUUCUGAGCGAGUAUGCGGUCGGGCUCGGCGCGGCGUUCCACGUCUCCCUGAGGGACGACUCUGGCAUACCCUCCACGUCGAGGUGUUCUGCGUGCGCUUCGUCAGCCGGGAGGGGCAGGCCGCGUCUUUCUUCGGCAUCCGCGAGUUCACGGACACAGCCACGAUGCUGAGGGACAGCGGGUCGGAGAGGACGCGGUAUGGCGGCAGACUGAGCGGCCCUCCGAGCGCUUGCACAGCACAUCUCAGGCCACCGGCUGCGCCUGCAGACUCCACGGCCUCGGCCUCGAGUCAGGCUUCCUCGGACGUGAGCUCCGAGCCCUGCUCGCUGGACGAGAGCUGGGAGGACCCGGGCGCCGAGGCGGAGCCCGUGGCCUGGGUCGACGUCUUGACCCCGAACUACUCCGUGAGGCUCGCAUCCCCCGCGUUCGCGAAGUACGUGGACGCCCGGGGCGAGCUCCUGACCGCCAUGCGGCCGUCUCACCAGAGCGAGUUCAUCAGCUGGGCGCAGGACGCGUACUUUGCUCUCCUGGAGGAGGGCGUCGCUUCCGCCCACCUGCAGUACCACGAGCGGCUCCACUUCAGGUCCUUUGCGCAGCAAGAAGGCGCCCACAGCUCGAGGGGGUCGAGGCGGAUGCUCUCGGCGCUCCUGAGGCUCGACCUGACGCGGCCGCCCGACGUCCAGGACCUCGGCCGCGGAGUUGUGCGUAUCGUCCUCCAGGACGUCCUGCUGGGCCGGCGCGUGCCCCGCGGUCCGCGGCGGCUGUCGCGCGCGCCACGGCGCCCCUCCGGCCAUCACCCAGGCCGCCAGCGGCCAGCCUCUGGCCCAGGAGCAGGUCUCGCGGGGGGCUUCCCAGGCGGCCGCUCUCGCGGGCGGCGCGGCGCCGCCCGAAGCGGCGGGCGGCCAUGUGCAGCUCGAGGGCGCAGUAUCUCGGUCGCCCAGCUGUGACCCCGCAGCGCGGCUUUCGCAGGCAGUGAGGCUGGGGAGAGAUACUCGUAGCCUCUGAGGCGCCCGGGCCGGCGCCGCAGCGCGCGCGGGCGCUUGAGCGCGCCCCGCGCCACCCCCCGAUGCAUGCGUUCGAGGUUUUGGCGGUCCACGCACGGGCCUGUCGUGCGUGUGACAUGUUUCUCGCUUCGCGGCAACGCAGUCUUCGCGCCGGGCGGGCCGCCUGUAGCUCUGUCCAGCUCCCAGAGGGCACGGGUCGCUCACGAUUGCUCAGGCUCCAUGGCGCUGAGAAUCCCGACGCCUGUCCCGGCUCGGCGGCCAGGCCUGUUGUUCGCGGAGUUGACGGAAUCAUCUGCUCGCCCCGCCUUUCAGAACGGUUUCUUUCAAGCAGUGGCGAAGCGUCCUGGCUCGCCUAUAGCCCUGUCAAACAAUGUUCUAAGAACCUUUUGUGGUUUCCACGAAAUGUUCUUAUAACAUUUCUGACUAGGGCUGUCUUGUUUUCGCACAUAAGGCUUACAUUCUAAGAACAUGGUUUUUGUUCUUAGAACAUUUUUGGGUUCUACGAACAUGUUGUGGUAGUAUAGAAAUGCUGGGACGGUCGGUCCCUGCUCAAUUCUUUGUACAUGCAGAUGCCCAUUAUGUCUUGGAUCCCGCCUGGGGUUACUCUGACCAAGCCUCCGUGGUAUGGGUGGGCGCCACGGUCCGUGGCAUGAGUGGGCACCACAGCAAGCCGCAGAUUUUGUCCCUGAUCAUCCAGUUCUCCUGUCCCGUUGCUGUGAGAUUAUAGUAUUUUUCUCUUUAGUUGCUAAGGGAACCUCGCAGCCGCCCGAGGCAACGAUAGUCUCACGAGUUUCGGCGUGCAUGCACACUGUGCAGAAACUGGCGCGGGACACAUCGCGGUGCUUCUUGCCUCGUUGCCGUCGGCAGAACACGUCUUGUGGUGUGUAACCUUGGACUGUGACUAUUGACCCACAUGGGUGGGCGGACUUCCUUGUCCUUGCCUUAUAUGCUGUGUGGCACUUCGUUGGAGGGUAGGCCCGACGUUACCCCAUCAGCCAGACCACUGCAGCUACUGCACCUCGCCUUGUCUUUGCGCAAAAAAGAAGUAAUAUCACAUCGCCUUCAAGGCCUGCUGGUUCGAAAGUCAUGGGGCGUCGCGUGAAGUUCGCGGGAGGGGUCAAUGAUAUGCCAGCACCAUGCUUGGCCAGGCCUUCCAUGGCCUUUCGCCAGCUGCCCCUGAGAGGCUUGG